UCGAAGUUUUGUAAAUAAAACAAACAUCAAAACAUAAAGUAUUAUUCAAUCGUGAAGAUUUUAACGUAUAAUUGUUAUUUACACAAGUAAAUAUAUUUUUAUUUCCAAGAUACAGCCAAAAAUAAUUUCAAUUCAUAAUUAGUAUAUGAAACAAUAUUUUUAUGAAUAUGUUUGAUCAUUUUACCGGUGUUAGAAUAUUAUGUGCAUGUGUAAUAUAAAUGAUUACAUCAAUGAUUAUUAUAAAAAAAUGAAAUUUUAUUUAUGAACUAAUUUAAACAAUUUUUUGGAAAAAUUUUCAAUAAUUCAACAUGCCUGUUUUUCAUGAAUCGUGUAGUGAGCAAAUCCAAGCUCAAACGGUAAUUAUAAUUCAUCCUGGAUCUCAAAAUAUUAGGAUCGGAAGAGCUUCCGAUUUAAAUCCUGUCACAAUGUUACACGCUGUAGCUAGAAGACGACUACCUAAUGGCAUGAUACGUAAAGAUACAUAUCUACCACCAUUAGUUACGAAGACAAAAGAGCUCACUCAAGCUAUGGAAGAGUCGAGACUUCAAGUAUCACAUACCCUCCAGUCUUGUUUACAAUCAGAUGGUCGUAGAAGGUAUGCAACCCCACCUCAACAAAUAGCAGCAUUUAACAGAAGAUCCAAUCCCGAAGUGCUGGCAAUAAAUAAUGAAGAUUGGGUUAAAACAGAUAGUGAUGUAAUUAUAGGAGAUGAUAUUAUAAAUUUGAACCCUGAUGAAGAUUACAACAUCCACUUUCCAUAUCGUCGCGGUGAUCUUCAUGUACAUUCAGGUCCAGGUGGUAGUCUCACAGCAGUAUUAGCUGACUUAAAAACUAUUUGGGAAUAUGUUAUUGCAAAAAAACUCAACAUUCCAUUGCGUGAUUUAAAACACUAUAAAGCAGUCUUAGUGAUCCCUGAUAUUUAUAAUCGUCAGUACCUAAAAGAAUUAAUGACUUUGGUUCUCUGUCACAUCAACUUUGGAAGUUGUUUUUUGCUUCAGGAUCAUGUAGCAGCAACUUUUGGAGCAGGUUUAGGAUAUGCUUGUGUUGUGGACGUUGGUCAUGAGAAAACUUCAGUUUCUUGUGUCGAAGAUGGAAUUUCUCAUAGAAAUACUCGUGUACGUAUGGACUAUGGAGGUGGCGAUAUUACCCAGACAUUUUUUUGGCUUCUACAAAAAUCUGCUUUUCCAUACAAGACCUGUGAUCCUCUCAAUAGACCGGAUGCAGUGUUACUCAGUGAACUGAAGAAAGAAUUUUGUCAUGUUGACUUAAAUGUUUGUGGAUCUCAAGAGAAAUCUUUCUUAGUUAAGAAACCCAAAGCACCUGUGGAAAAAUAUAUCUUACAGGUUGGAGAUGAAUGUUUAAUUGCUCCGUUGAGUCUAUUCCAACCUGAACUAUUUAAAAUCACCGGUACACAUAAUGCUCAUGUUCAAAAACGGUAUACUGGGGAUUCAGAAGAUCCCCAUGACGAUAAUUAUCUUCGAGAAACAAGUAGAAGAGGAAUAAAAGAAAAUUUAGAGCAAACUUUAGAGCUGCAAGAGGAAGUUGCACCACCUGCUGUAACUGGCGAAGAAGAAGUAGUUGUUGAUAACGUGGAUGCUGCCCCAAUAGUUAUAUCUAAUCGUGACUUGGAUGCUCCACGAGAGUUUGUAGUCGGUCCCCAACAACUUCUAGGACUUGACCAUGCAGUUUUACAAAGUAUCGAUCGUUGUCCUACGGAAGAUCUUAAAAGAAAAAUGUACAGUUGUAUUCUCGUUGUUGGGUCAGGAAUGAAAUUUCAAGGUAUUGGAAUGUGGCUUCAUAAUAGAAUAUCCCUACAGAUACCUUACGUGUAUAGAGCAGAACAAUUGGACAUAAUUACACAGCCAAAAGAAAUGGACCCAGGUAUGACUUCAUGGAAAGGUGCAGCAAUUCUUAGCUGUUUAGAAUCAGCACAAGAGCUUUGGAUAACUCAAGAAGAAUGGGAACGUUUUGGUGUUAGAGUUUUACGAGAACGAGCACCUUUUAUGUGGUGGCAAUAAUUUUUCAAGAUCUAAUUAAUUAAUUUAAUUACAA